CGGGCGGAGCCAGCAGGCGCGUUCAAAACACAGCUUGCCCUCAAUCCUCCGAUUUCUGCUGCUUCCUGCCUUAUUUUUUUGCGCUUAUUUUUGCGCCCUGAGCACCAGUUAUUUGAAGUACUUCGCGCUUUAUCGCCUUUUUGGGUUUUAUUUGUAUUUACUCGUUUUAAUAUAAUGCGGCUGCUUUCUGUAGAUUCACCACAAAACAGGCUUUUUUUGUGCAGGGAUCUUCUCCUCCAACAGCAUCCUACUGUUGUUUGCUACUUUGUUGCUUCUUCGGUUGAAUAUGGACUUAUAAGGAAAACCGUAUAAAUGCACCUGUCGUUGAAGAGAUAUCCUGCUUUUAUAAUCAAAGAGGUAAGACUGUUUGAAAGCAAAAAGCAAAAACAAAGAAGAGAGAAAUGCUUUUGCAGCAGCAGCAACUGUGCAAAGAGGCUGCAGCAGCUGCAGCUCCAUUAUCCCGCCUGCAUCCUGAAACGGUGUGUGUGCCCUGGGUGCAGCCUGGCCUGUGCUGUAGUGGCGAUGAAGAACCCAGGAGCCGCAGAGAGCCGUCGGUUGGUCGGCCUGCUGGAGGCCGCUCUGGUCCGGGAGGCUCGCCUCUGGAAGGUACCCAUCUUCAAGAAUGGUUGCAUCCAGGGUGUUGACAUCUCUUCAUCCCAAUACCAAGAAAUGAUUCUCUGGCUCGGAGAGAUGAACCGGCUGUUCCAUUUCUGUCCAGAGACCUUUGCACUGGGAGUGUGUGUCCUCAACCGACUGCUGUCCACUGUCAAGGCCCAACCAAAAUACCUGAGAUGCAUAGCUUUUACCUCACUGGUCUUGGCUGCCAAAAUCAAUGAGGAAGAUGAGGUAAUAGGUUCUGUUCAAGACCUGGUUGUGCAGAGCGGAUGCAGCUUUUCAACAGCGGAGAUUCUUCGCAUGGAGAGGAUCAUUCUAGACAAGCUGCACUGGGACUUGUACACCGCGACGCCAGUCGACUUCAUUCACAUAGUAAGUCAGCAGAGAGACAAGCAAACAUGACUGUUUUAACUGAACCUGAGCUGUCAAGAGCAUCUCAUAGUGAGCUGGCUGGAGCUGCAACGAUUAAUCGAUUAGUUGUCAACUAUUAAAUUGAUCGCCAACUAUUUUGAUAAUC